AAAACUUUCAAAUCACCAAAUCAAUAAUCAGUUCUCGAUUUUUAUCGACCAGUGGACGAAAAACAACGAGUUUACCAUGCUCAUUGAUAAGACGAUUAUUCUAUCCGUCGCGUUCUUCACUUCAAGUGUCUUCGGGCAGACGUCGGAUAAGGAUUUCCUCAAAAAGCCGCACGUGUUGCCUAGCGCCGAAGCCGCCUACCAUGCCGUGUACCACGAGCUCGACUCUGUAAAAUCCGGAAACCGCGACGAAAAGGUGUUCGGACAGCUGUAUGUGGCGCUGAUCGAGGAUCAAUUCACGUUUGGCGGCGAUCUUUCGACGUGGCCCGACUCGGCGUUCCAGAAGGGAGAUCGGGGCUGCAAACCGUUUAUGGCGGCGAAUUUGCACAAUUUAUGCAAUAACGAGUACUUUUUGGUGCAUCAGGAUAUGAUCAAACUUGUCAAGACGGUGUUCGAAAGGAAAAACCAGGCCGAUCCAUCUUUUGACACUAUUUGUUUGGCGAACAACGGAUUCGUUGUCUCUGACGAUCCGGAGAAUCAUCUGGUCUACAGAUAUAAGCAUCGCAUUCCGAUGACCUAUAAGGCAACCUCAAACGACCAAAAGUGUUUCGGAACUUAUGAUACCCGUACGGACACGUUCACCUGCAUGCGAUACGACGCUUCCACCAAAAAGAUGUCCCCAUUCGAAUUGCAAAACUUUUUGUGGAAGGAAAAUACUGGCACAUUCCAUCUCGGAAACGGAAAUGCUGAAGUGUUCUGCAAGAAGCCAUUCUACACGAAUAAAUAGAACUAUUUAUUGCAAUUUUUGGGUUGACUUGGGUCUGAAUAAAGUAUUGAUUGAUUGA